CAUUCAGCUGAUUGUAGAUACGAAUAGUUGAUUUCGACGAUCAAUAGGUGCCAUGAAAGCAUCAGUAGCAAGCAAUCUUGCAGUGAUCAGUUUCUACUUGCUAAUUAUCGGGUUUUCAUCAAUCUCUGUUUACGUUAACGCCUCAAGGAAUCAUAUUGUCGGUGGGGAUCGAGGAUGGCGUUUCCCUUCAAAAUCAUCGUAUAAUAUAUGGGCUCUUCACAGAUCCUUUGCUGCAGGAGAUACUCUUCAUUUUAAGUACUCUCGUGGAGCACACAACAUUGUUCGAGUUGAUGCUGCUGGAUACAGAAAAUGCAAGGUCUCUGCAACGGAAUCAGCCAAAGCAGUGUCGUCAGGAAGUGACAAGAUACUGCUUAAAAAAGGAAUUAAUUACUUUAUUUGUAGCUUACCAGGCCAUUGCGCUGCAGGAAUGAAGAUGAAAGUACAUGUUAAAAAAAAGAAGGCGCAUUAACAUUACUGCAUUUAGUCUCAGACGGCGCUUAAGUAUUCCUUAAUAUAACAUACGGGGAUCCAUUUGUGAGAAUCCUUUAUCUUGGCUCCGCAUGGAUGGUACUGUAUAUAGAAAACUAUUUCUUGGGUUU